GCAGACGGCAGGAAGGCAGCUCCCUGGUCAAAGUCAGAUAACCAGCUGUAUGUCGCAUCUGGAACCGUCUAUCUAACAUCGUUAGUAUCAAAACAGCAGGCUAUCAGUCGGCUAACCUCUGGGGUGUGGUUAUUCGAGAGCAUAAUCGGUGCUUGAGAUUCUUUCCAGAGCUGGCCUCGGUAGCGCUCUCACCAUUCGACCUAAUUCGCGGUGUCUGUCCUAGAUUUCGCACUGCGUUUCCCGGGGACGUCUCAAUUUCAGCUUCCAGAAUGGCCAAUAGAGGACCCAGCUAUGGUUUGUCUAGAGAAGUUGAGCAGAAGAUUGAACGGAAGUAUGAUCCAGACUUGGAAGAACGAUUAGUGGACUGGAUCAUUGCACAGUGUGGUGGGAAUAUAAGUCGUCCAGAUCCUGGAAAAACCCACUUUCAGAAGUGGCUGCUGAAUGGUGUGUUAUUAUGUAGGGUUAUAAAUGGACUUUAUCCAAAAGGCCAGGAGCCAAUUAAAAAAGUCCAAGAGUCCAAAACGGCCUUCAAACAGAUGGAACAGAUCUCUCAGUUUCUGAAAGCCGCUGAAGAUUAUGGUGUUGCAACAAUGGAUAUCUUCCAGACUGUAGACCUCUGGGAAGGAAAGGAUUUGGCUGCAGUGCAAAGAACAUUAAUGGCUUUGGGUAGUGUUGCAGUAACCAAAGAUGAUGGAUAUUAUCAAGGAGAUCCCAACUGGUUCCAUAGGAAAGCUCAGAGCAACAAGCGUGAAUUUUCUGAAGAGCAGCUUCGAAAAGGGCAAAGUGUUAUCGGCCUACAGAUGGGAAGUAACAAGGGAGCCUCUCAGUCCGGCAUGACUGGCUAUGGCAUGCAUCGACAGAUCAUGUAGCACACCAUUCUUUGGCAAGAAACAGCAAUCCAGUAGACUGGGGACUCUCAUCUUAAACUACCAUAUUCUAAAUUGCUGUCAAAGGUUGCUUGCUUUAACUUGCAGUUUAUGGAUUGUUAUUGCAAUGGGUAGCUAUGCUGCACCACCACAUUAACAAUGUAAAGUUUUUGUUUUCAAAAUAUCAUCUCCCCUCCCCACCGACCUAACAAUUAACAAGUUAAUUUCUGGAAUCUUGUAUUCCCGAGGAGUUGGGAAUGAGAAUGUUAGAACUCUCAUUUGUGCUUUGUGCCACCUUUUGCCUGCGGAAUUUGUAACACUACUUAAUGUCUGUAUUUAACGUUAAUAGAAUGAUUUGCCAUGAAAUUAGAUUGAAGGAAUAUUUCAGGUUUUGUGCAGAUAUGCUUUUGAUCUUUGAAUUAAUCAUUAUAUCCCUUCAGUUGUCAUGGGAAUUUGUGUAAGGACUUCAGGGAAGUGAAAUUAGUCAGGUUGUGGCUGCUGAAAAGCUAAACAGAAUAGAAUCAUCUGCAGCUCUUGUUUGACAGAGGUUUUCUUUUGUUGCCAAAACUAUACUUGGUGGUUGAAAUGAAAUUAACUCCACUGUCACUGAUGACAACAUUACACUGUAACUGAAUCAAAUGACCAAAAAUUCAAUUUCUGGAAUUGACUGAUCUGCACAUAUUUAAUCCUUUAUCUAAAAUUGUGGAGAUAUGUCAGCUUGCACACAGUUUUAACCCUACUUGUGUUCUUCUGAUGUUGGUUUAUUUCCCCUGUAUGCAGAGAUGUUUGUUAAAAUAGUCCCUCAUUCUGAAUCGUGGUCUGCAUUGCACACUUAAGGCAAUGUGGAAAUGUAAGUAAUGUAGAAUUUUUAUUUUGUGGUGUAAGGUGACUCAAUGAUUAAAUUUAGUUACUUGCAAUUCAAAAUACACGCUCUUAAUUUUCAAGGAAGCUUAUUUUUUUUUGGUUUAAUCCAUAUCCUUGUAGGAGAGAGAUUCUACUUUAAAAACAACUUGAGGUUAAACUUGGACCUUGUGGACUAUGUAGAAUGACUUGAAUUUAUUCUAGUAGAUCUGGUGUAAAUGGCUUCACUUGGGUCUAGUGCUCGAAUGCAUCCGCUAGAUCCAGUAAAGGACUUCGAAGCAGUGCUGGUAUGGAAUUGGAAUCUAAAGUGCCCAGUCAAUGGAAAUACAAUUUGAAAGUUGGAACCUCCAAUAGUCUAAUUGGCUGUAUUCAUCUAACUGUUCUGUGACUUCAUCAUUGUUUUAAAAGGGAGAAUUUUAAACUUGAGCAUGUAAAACAUUGCAUGCUGAAGGAGUUGUACACAUUGUCCUAAGCAAAGUUGUAAUGAUCACACACUGCACUGUUCUCCCAUCAACUACUUCUGUUUCAAAAUGAGUUUACAAAGUCCAUACUGUUUUCUGGGCAAUUCAAUGAAACACUACGUUUGUAAACUUCCCAUAGUUCUAAUCCUCACGGUUCUAGAAAACUUCCAUUUAUUGUUCACAUUGUCAUCUAUUAAAGGUUUCGGUUAAAUCUAUUGUCUUGAUUUGUAUGGUUUAAUUUUAUGGUUUGAAAACAAAAUUGUUUAAUAUAGUGGUUUGGAACUAAAAGUUUACAAGAUUUAAAUUUGAUCAGUUGCAUUACUUGUGGUUGCCUGUAAUCUGAAACAAAGCAGUGGUGUAGAAAGAUAGCUUGUUAGAGUACAUAAUUUGAAAUGGAGAUUGCCUGAAUUGAAGUCUGAUAGUUUAAAGGGGUCUCUUGUAUUGACUGGACAUUUCUAAUAUUCUCCUCCUGCUUUUGGUUCUCCUAAAAUGGCUCGUGCCAUCACUUAAAAUCUUCCUGCAUGUACUGUACUUUCAUGCUUCAAUUAAUCUAUCAACCAGUAAUAUUUUUCAAACAGUAACUUAGCAUCACAACACUGUCCAUACACAUACUCCCUUUUGUCUUAACAUCCAUCAGUUACCCUCGGCAAAUUGCCAAAGUCAAAUGAAGUUACAGCACUUUGUUUUAUAUUGCCAUUAUUUGUAGUUUUUCUUUUACUUCCUGUCGUCUCUACCACCAAAUUCAGCAAUUCAUAGCAUGUACUAAACACUCGUUUAUUUUUUCUUGUCUCUUCUGGUUCUUUUCAUCAAUUCUUUUUGUUUACUGAUUCUUGCUACUCUCCCAAUGGCCAUUUAGUUUAUCUACUGUUUAGUCUGCACAAUUUUGCUAUCUACUAUUGUGGUGAACUACAUGUACCUGUCUGGACAUGCCCCUCCCCCCCCACUCCCCGCUGACUGCUCCUGUGGCUCCUCCCACUGACCCCUGUAUAAAGGCGAUUGGAGGCACUGCUCCUCCCUCAGUCUCCAGGAUGUUGUGUGGUGGGCUCUUACCAGCUAAUAAAAGCCUAUCUCGACUCGCGUCUCUGAGAGUUAUUGAUGGUGCAUCAACCAUAUCCGUUCUUCUACUUCUGUUCUAAGGAGAACAGUCACUUGAACAUGGAAUAGUAUCGCACAGGAACAGGCCAUUUGACCUGCUGGUCUGUGCUGGCUUUGACAUUUCAACUGGCAGCACGUAGUUGGUCCACAGCUCUCCAUUCCAUGACUGAUUAUGUGCCCGUUUAAAUACCUCUUAGACUCUACUGUUGGAUCAGCUUCCAUCACUUUCCCUGGCAGGAUAUUUCUGGGCUCCUAUUACUGUUUCUUUUAAAACCUCAUUUCUAAACUUUCCUUUUUCCCACCCCCACCCCACCUCACUUCGCAUCUAUGUCCUCUAGCCUCUGGUAUUUACCAUUUCCACCAAGGUACUUAGCUUGCAGAUGGGCAGUGCUAGGGGAUCGCUUUUCCAUGUACAAAUCAUAGCGGACUUGUAUCCUAAAAUUUAGUUUGGUGCACAUCCAGACAAAAAUAAUGGUAGCUGUUCUACUUCAUUUGCAACUUGUAAUGAACUAUUUCCUAACUUGGAAUUGGGUUUAAUAUCACUGGUAUGUGUUAACUCCAUGACAGCAGUACAAUGAAAUACAUGAUCAUGUAACUCAGUUUUUAUUCUCUAUUUAUUUAAGUAUAUUUGUCUCUUAAAUAGUUAAGUUAAAGUAAGUAGUGCAAAAUUACAAAUUUAAAAAGUAGUGAGCUAGUGUUUAUGGAUUCAAUGUCGGUUUAGAAAAC